AUAAUACUUAGAGAGAUAAUUGUAAGUAGUGUAUUCAAUGUAUUCAGCCUGAUUGUUCUUCCAAGAGUUACAUGAAUUUAUAAUACAAAAUUGAGACAAGAAAUAUUCGGGCGACGUGGUCGCCAUGCCUGAACUGACGUGUCACCAUCUUCUGAUUUGUAGGACUGAUUGCGAGUUGACCCGUGAUCUUCAAGAUUUGUUGUUGGUCACGUAGAUUCUGGGAAGUAGCAUCAUGCAUGUGCGAUGGUCUUGAGCGCUUGUGCAGCACGUGCGUUGAGGCUCACCAUGUGAUGCUCAGCAGGCCAUAUUCAAAUCCCAUGGUAGAGGUAAGAGUGUGUCGUGUUCAGCAUGUCACGUCUAAGCCUCAUUGUAAAGAUAAGAUCACGUCAUGCCCAGCGCGCCAUAUAUCUUUGUAAAUGUAACUCCAUGUUUCUCAUCCCGAGUAUGCUGACCAUGUAUUUCCUUGGGCCUGAUGUUCCUGUUCGUCUCGUCCAUCUCAUUUACGGGCUCAGUCCGCAUUCAAUCGGGCUUACCAUAUUGGGCUGGCAUUUAUGUCAUCACAAGCCCCCCACUUCCCGAGCCGAGUAAUAAAUCGAUGAGAGGAAGUAUACAUCAACUACUCAAAUAAAAUCAUAUUAUGCCACAUAAGACCACCAUCUCAUCUGCGUUAAACACGUUCAUGCCGAGUGCGUCGCUUAGAGUAGUAUGCCAAUGAUCCUCACUUCUGUCUGUGGUGAGCAUGUCACCCCUAGGGUGUUACACCAAGAAAUAAAUAAGUUGCACAUGUUGAUCAAGGCACCCCCAAGGCGUGCUGAGCAUGUCACUCAUAAUGUUUUACACCAAAUAAUAAAUAAGUAAUACAUGCUGGCCAUGGCACCCACACGGCCCGCUGAGCCUGUCACUCAUAAUGUGUUAAAUCAAGUAAUAAAUAAACCGGGUACGCUGACCAUGUCAUCCCCAAGGCCCGUUGAGCACAUCGUCCCUGAGACCCGUCAAGCAUGUCUCUCAUAAGGUGUUAUACCGAGUAAUAAAUAAACCGUGCACGCUGACCAUGUCACUCCAGAGGUAUGCUGAACAUGUCAACCAUAAGGUGUUAUACCAAAUAAUAAGUGACUGUCCAUGCUGAGCAUGCUACUCAGGUAGUACACCAACGGUCUUCAUUUUUUCAUGCUGACCGUGUUACCCGAAAAAUAAUCUCAUAGUGAGCAUGUCACUCAUAAUGUGUCACACCAAUAAUUACACCUUAUAGGAUGACCAUGUUAUCUCAAGGCAUGCUGAGCCUGUACUUCAAAGUAGAGAACGAAUAACCCUUAAUUCAUACAUGGUGAGCACGUACGUUACUCCAACUCCUCAUCCCAGAAUCAUUUCGCCAAUGCUUACCAUGUCAUGAUAUUAUUACUCCAUCAUUUUUAUCCAAUCAUAAAUUUACAGAGACAUGUAAUUGAUAGUUGACUCAAAUCGUUUUUCAAUUUUGAAGGACCAAUAUACCAAGCAAGAUUUAUUCCAGCCGCCCAGGAGAAACUAUUUACCAACCGUGCCGGGAAAGCUCAAUGUCGGCACCCUGAUACGGACCCUUUGCCGCCCAGCCCGUCGCUUGCACGCUGUCCGCCACCAAGUGUGGCCGAUUUCCUACCAGCCAUCUUCAGCAUCCGCGCUACCAGGUCUCCGAGCUCUGCUGUCCAUCAUCGCCCGUACGAGGGGCUUCCCGCAAGGUCGUCCGUUGUUUGUUGUCACCUAGGUUCACUGGUUCAUGGCCUCGCUUUCCUAUCUCUGUUAGUCAUUCCAGGUGCCUUGCUAUUGAAAGGUUACUGGUGCUGCAAUUGCUUAGGCGUCUGGGACUGUCGCCUGGGUUUCGAGCUUCGUCCCUUAGCCACAGUUGGAUGUCCUAAUUAUUCCACGACCUGGAGAUUUGGGCAGCGUACUUACCGGCCAGGUAGACCUCCGGGUCUGCUGCUACUCUCCUUCAACCUCUCGUCGGUACUCCCCCAGCGGCCAGCGAGGUCAUCGCCGCAGGUUGCCAACGCCGCUGCUACCAAUCAUUCUUUGCCGCUCGUUCCCCAUAGGUACGUUCUUCUCUCCACCUUAUCCCUUCUCUUUUUUAAUGUUGACUUCUUUUUUUAGAUUUUACUUAUAUUCUUGAUUUUGACUUGGUCAUUUUACUUUUGCUUCUCUUACGAAAUAUUAAUUUUUUUUUGAAAUGUUAGUACGUAGUACCUAAUUAGCCAUCACUAUUGAAUCGCCCUUUUAGAAGAUGAUUUCCCCUUUAUUUGUAUAUAACUAGUUUUUGAUUUUUUUUUGUAAUUAAUCAAUGAUUUUUCAUUUUUUUAAUUAGCUGCUGAUUCCUUUUUCUUCAGUAAUUAGCUGCUGAAAUGUACUACCUUCAUUCUUAAAUAAAUGCAUCAUGUGAAAUUUUACACUAUUCACAUGGUCUACUUUGACUACAUUUUAUUUAUUAAUGUAUGAAUAUGUUUUUAUGAAAAAAUAUUGUUAAAUUUGUCUCAUUGUAAAUUUUGAAUAUCUAAUAAUAUUUUUAUUUCUAAGUAUUUUUAACUUUUUUUUACUAAUAUCAAUUUAUAUAUAUUAAUGGUCACAGUUGUGUCUCCGCAAGUGUGAAAUAUUGAUCGUUGCAUUUAUUUAAGAGCGGAGGAAGUAUUUUAUUUUAUGUUUUGCUAAUUUCUAUUUAUUUGUAUUUUAGCUUUCCGUAUCUUAUGGAUGUACUGGACUCCAUAGACUUAAGAGAUCUCCCGGAACCGGUUAAUGGAACGACUUUAGAAAAUGUACCUUGGAUAGAUGAUAUUUCUGACACUGAGGUAGUUAAUCCAGAGCCUUCAAUAGUUGACUUGGUGAGACCGAAAAAACGUCGCCCUCGUGGGCUAUACACCCCUUUGGAUGCGACUCAAAUUGAAUCGUGUAAAUCACGACUCUCGAUUUCUGAGUUUGAGAGAUGUCGGAAUCUUUUCCGGCCCGACGUUACCAUGCUCCGCCCGAACCAAGAUGACGUAGUCACUGAGCCCCCUGAGGGUGAUUUUUUCGGGAUACAUACCCUCUCCAUGAGACUAGGAUUUAGGCUCCCCAUGCAUCCUUUCAUCAUCGAGUUCCUAGGUGCGCUUGAGAUUCCUCCGUGUCAGCUCACCCCAUUUGGUCACCAGUACCUGGUGGCAUUUUUGGCCCGGUGUAAGGAGAUCAAGGCUAAGCCGUCUCUAGAUCUCUUUAAGCACCUGUUCAGGAUCGGUCAAUGCUCCCGAGCUAAUAAUCUGUCAUGGGUAUCUGUUUCCCAACGUGCCCAUCUUGACGCAUGGAAAGUCUCGCACGGAAAAAUUAAGAAUUGGAAGGAAGAAUUCAUCUUUGUGUCUACCGGGCAUGCUCUCUCUUUCCCCACAUGGUUCAACCCUAACUAUAGAAAGUUUGCACGUCCCAUUCUUUCUGCCGAUGAGGAGUUGUGGUCAGAAAAGUUCUUAGCGGGCGGACCGUUUAGCAUUUCCACAUACACUACCGAGGACCAUUUGAGCAGACUUGGUUUCCUCACCUCGGGCUUGUGCUCAUCAUUGGACAUCCUCGUCCCCCUUUCUUUAGGCCCAGGUAUGACGUCCCGUGCGGAGAGGUUCAAGAAGAUGGCUGCGGUAAGGGUCACAUGCGUCUGCUCAAGACCCGCCGAGCAAGAAGCACAAGGCCAUACUACCUUCCUCGCAAGGUGAAGGUGUCUCGUCCCCUUCUAUGCUCAUAACCGAUGACUCGGUUACCCAAGAGAUACGGUGCAUCACCUGGAGCACUAGUGGUGCUCGUGAUGUCAUGCUCAGGGAAGGUGUGAAGAGUGUGGCUGAUGGACCGCUGGAGGAUGAUUGUCUUCAUGUCUCUGCAGAGCUUGUGUUGAAGAUCUCCGGGAAGAAUCGUCAGCAUGUUUUGCGCGAGCAAGAGCUAUUAAAGUUGCUCUCUGAAGAGCGGGCUGCACAUAAGAGAGUGAUUGAAGCUCACAAGGCCAGGGAGGCGCAUGAGAGGGAUGCUCACGCUGCCGAGUUAAUCAAGGUCCGCGCUGAGCGGGAAGACUAUAUUGAUUCCCACCUAAAAGAGAUUGCUGAACGUUGGUUAAAAACUCCCGCCGGCAUCGACAGACUUGACAAAGACGGUUUACUGUGCUAUAAUUUGGGGGAAUAUACCAAACAACAGGAAAUUUAUGUUGUUUUGAGGGCUCAGCAUGGCGCCUCAUGCAUUGCCGAUUGGGGGCUUCCUUUUGAGAUUCCUAACCCAGAGCCUGAGAAUGUUGACCCUUCUUCUAGAGUCGUUCCCUCUGGUGACUCCAUAACUUCCGAAGAAGUAGCAAUGCUGGGGUUUUUAGCUUGAGUGAUCCUUUCUUUGACCAUCUCCAUGCCUUGGAGAGUGUUAGAGUUAGACUACCAUAACAUGGUCUGCAUGUUUUUCUUUUUCUUUAGCACCUAAUUUGUUAGACCGUUUUUUGAAUCUCAAGCAAACAAUUAUCUUGACAAUGUAAUAUUUCCCUUUAAUAUCGGUUUUUUUUAAAAAAAUAUUGUUCCCC